AUGCCUGGCUUCAUCCGACGACUGUUCAGCUCCAAAAUUCAGCUCCGUGACUACCAAGAAGAGUGCAUUCAGUCUGUUCUUCGUUCCCUUCAAGAUGGUCACCGGAGACUUGGCGUGUCUCUCGCUACUGGAAGUGGGAAAACCGUCAUCUUUACACAGCUUAUUGAGAGGGUCAAGGCUAGGUCCGAAUCAGCAACGCAGACCCUUAUUCUCGCCCAUCGCCGGGAGCUCGUUGAGCAGGCCGCCAGGCACUGCACGAACACGUACCCUAAUGCGUCGGUCGACAUUGAGAUGGGGGCUCUACAUGCCUCGGGACAUGCCGACAUUACGAUUGCCAGUCUGCAGAGCAUCAUCUCCAAGGAUCGCUUGACCAAGUUUGAUUCAGCCCGCUUCAAGCUUGUCCUCGUUGAUGAGGCGCAUCACAUUGUGGCCCCCGGUUACAUGCGUGUCCUGAAGCACUUCGGUCUUGACACCCCCGCCGAAUCAGCCACAAGCCCCGAGAAUGGCGAGUCCUCCUGUCCAGCCCUCGUUGGUGUCUCCGCUACCUUCUCCCGGUUUGACGGUCUCCGUCUGGGCGCCGCCAUCGACCGCAUUGUGUACCACCGUGACUACGUCGACAUGAUCGAGGCAAAGUGGUUGUCCGAUGUCAUUUUCACCACCGUCACAUCCACAGCCGACAUAUCUUGCGUUCGCAGUGGACCCACCGGGGACUUUCAGACGGGAGACUUGUCUCGGGCCGUGAAUACGGACCGCGUUAAUGACAUCACUGUUCGUAGCUGGUUCGCCAAAGCUCCCGAUCGCAAGUCUACUCUCGUAUUCUGUGUCGACCUUGCCCAUGUCGCCGGCCUGACCAACGCCUUCCGCCGCUACGGAGUCGAUGCCCGCUUCGUCACCGGCGACACCAGCAAGGUUGAGCGGGCCGCCACGCUUGAGGCGUUUCGUCGGGGCGAAUUCCCCGUCCUAGUCAACUGUGGCGUCUUCAUCGAGGGGACCGACAUACCCAACAUCGACUGCAUCAUUCUCGCCCGUCCUACCCGGUCACGGAACCUGCUAGUCCAGAUGAUUGGCCGGGGCAUGAGACUGCACAAAGAGAAGUCUAACUGCCACAUCGUCGACAUGGUCUCGAGUCUGGAAACUGGCAUUGUCACCACCCCGACCCUGUUUGGUCUCGACCCGGGAGAUCUUCUCGACAAGUCCUCAGUCGAUGACAUGAAAUCGUGGAAAGAGCGAAGAGACGAGGAGUCACUCCGACGGCAGCAGGCUUACAGUCCUCCCCAAACCGACAACACCUCUGAAACGUCUGGUUCUGUUUCCUUCACCGAUUACUCCUCCGUCUUCGAUCUCAUCGAGGAUACAUCAGGCGAGAAACACAUACGAGCCAUAAGCCAGUACGCCUGGGUUCAAGUUGGCCGCGACCGCUAUGUACUGGCAGCCCCGAGCGGUUCCUACAUCCGCCUCGAGAAGAUUGCCGCCGCCGACGAGAAGACCCAGCUGGAUCACCAAGCCCAGUACCGGGCCGUCGAAGUCCGAGCACUUCCACCAGGCGUGGCCAAGUCGCCCUUUGCAGCUCCGCGCGAGAUCCUGAAAGCUCUCACUUUCGCAGACGCCGUCCACGGUAGCGACAAGUAUGCCUCCGAGGUGUUCCCGCAUGUCUUCAUCCACCGGUACCAGAGGUGGCGUAAGGAACCGCCGACACCUGGCCAGCUCGAGUUCCUCAACAAGCUGCGGCCGAAAGAGCAGCCCCUUGUUGCGGCCGAGAUCACUAAGGGCCGGGCCGCAGAUAUGAUUACUAAGAUUAAACAUGGUGCUAAAGGCAGGUUUGCCGAUCUCGAAGCUCGGAAACGACGGAUGCAACGGCGGGCCCUUCGGCUAGAGCAACGGGACGCCCUGAGGCAGCGUGAACGGGUUUCAGUUGGGCCUGUGGUCUCGUGA